AUGGCAACAAAAGAGUUGCAUAUAAUGGCAAUAAGAAAAUUUAAGACCCAAUCCGAGUCAUCUCUCCUUUCUGUCUUACGAUCGGCCAGAGGCGAAAAAAUCCUGGAAGUGGAUGGGACAGUCACCACCCAGCCAGUUCUUGAACAUGUGGGGAUUUCUACAUGGCCUGGUCGAUUAACACUAACAGAUCAUGCUCUCUACUUUGAAGCUCUCCGUGUUGUCUCAUAUGAUAAGGCAAAAAUAUAUGACUUGUCUGAUGAUUUAAAGCAGGCUGUUAGACCUGAGUUAACAGGACCAUGGGGAACUAGACUUUUCGACAAGGCGGUCUCGUAUAAAUCUACAUCCUUAUCUGAACCGGUUGUGAUGGAGUUCCCUGAACUGAAAGGUCAUACUCGUCGUGAAUAUUGGCUAGCAAUUAUUCGAGAAAUUCUAUAUGUCCAUAGGUAUAUACGCAAGUUUCAGAUUUCUGGUGUUGAACGGAAUGAAGCACUUUUGAAAGCUAUCUUUGGAGUUCUGCGAUUACAAGCCCUCAAAGACAUAAGUUCUACAAGCCCUCUUUGCUAUGAGGCUCUUCUUAUGUUCAGUGUUUGUGAUCAACUUCCGGGCGGAGACCUGAUAUUAGAAACACUUGCAAACAUCUCAACCUUGAGGGAAUUGGAGCGGACAAAUAGUUCUAAAGAAGGAAGCACAAUGUAUUCAAUAUCAGCUUCGGCCAUGGCUUCUAACUUCGGUUUUGUCUUUGGAACCAGUUAUAAUGUUCCUCAUGAGGUAGGGCUUCUUGUGGGUGAGAUCAGCGUGGGAGAGAUAUCUUCAUUGGAAAAAGCAGUCAAGGAUUCUAGAAGCAGCUAUAAAAAAGUGGCGCUUGCGCAAGCUACAGUUGAUGGGGUCAAAGUUGAUGGCAUUGACACCAAUUUGGCAGUAAUGAAGGAGUUACUCUAUCCUAUGACAGAACUUGGGCGUCAGCUUCUUUCUUUAGCAUACUGGGAUGACCCUUUCAAAUCUUUGGUGUUCUGUUUGGUUUUCACAUACAUUAUAUGCAGGUGA